GUACAAUUUCCAACGGUUUCCUGUCGAGUCCGACCAAGGCGCCAAACAACUUACACCGUCAGUAUGGCUGCACAAGUCCCUACUGAGGAGCUCAAAAAGCUCAAGGUCGCUGCGAAAUCAGACGAUCCAGCUGCGGCCAACGGGGCCAACGGGGCCAACGGCAAUACCGCAAACGAUAGUGACGGCUCCGACGACGACGAGGAGGCAGAGGACGCCGGUGGCACCGCCGCCGGUGGGGAAGGCACCAAGAAAAAGAAGAAGAGAAAGCCCCGCAAGAAGAAGAAGAAGAACGCCAACGGCCAGACGGACCCUCCCAGGAUUCCCAUCUCCCAGCUCUUCCCGGACAACAGCUACCCGAAGGGCCAGGAGGUCGAGUACGUCGGCGAGAACACUUUCCGCACCACAAACGAGGAGAAGCGCCAUCUCGACAGCCUCAACACCGACCUCCUGACAGACUACCGUCAUGGCGCCGAGGCACACAGGCAGGCGCGCAGGUGGGCGCACAAGCACAUCAAGCCGGGCAUGUCGCUGACGGACAUUGCAAACGGCAUUGAGGACAGCGUGCGAGCGCUGGUGGGACACUCAGGUCUGGAGGAGGGCGAUGCCAUCAUCGCCGGCAUGGGUUUCCCUACCGGCUUGAGCAUCAACCACUGUGCAGCUCACUACACGCCUAAUGCGGGCAAUAAGAUGGUGUUGGAGCAUGAUGAUGUGCUCAAGGUUGAUAUUGGAGUGCAUGUAAAUGGUCGCAUCGUCGACAGUGCCUUUACUGUUGCAUUCAACCCCCGCUAUGACAACCUCCUUGCAGCUGUCAAAGAUGCAACCAACACUGGCAUCCGCGAGGCGGGCAUUGAUGCACGCCUGGGAGAAAUUGGCGAGGCAAUCCAGGAGACCAUGGAGAGUUAUGAGGUAGAGAUUGAUGGCGAGACUUACCCCGUAAAGCCGAUCCGCAACCUGAAUGGUCACACCAUUGACCGGUACACCAUCCACGGCGGCAAGAGUGUGCCCAUCGUCAAGUCUGCCGACCAGACGAAGAUGGAGGAGGGAGAAAUCUAUGCUAUUGAGACUUUCGGCAGUACCGGACUUGGCUAUGUCCGCGAUGAGGGCGAAGUGUCCCACUACGCGAAGCGCGCUGAUGCGCCCAACGUUGCGCUACGAUUGACAUCGGCGCAAAAGAUAUUGAACGUGAUCAACAAGAAUUUCGGCACGCUGCCGUUUUGCAGGCGUUACCUGGACCGUCUCGGACAGGACAAGUACCUGCUAGGGUUGAACAACCUUGUGUCCAACGGAAUUGUCGAGGCAUACCCACCCUUGGUCGACAAGAAGGGCUCUUACACGGCUCAAUAUGAACACACUAUUCUCCUUAGGCCGACUGUGAAGGAGGUUAUCAGCCGUGGAGACGAUUACUAGGUUCCAGAAUUGACGCGGAAUUUUGAUGAAACAGAAUUCAAGCGUUCCAAAAGUAGACGAAUAGCUGACUCGCAUUACCAUGGCAAUACUUGACAUCAGUAUCCCACGCCACUUGAAAUUACUCUUGACAUUUGACGCCGAUUUCGAGCGUCUGAUCAGCGAGGGCCGCUAUUAAGACUGUUUAACUUUUUUUUUUGAUAAGAAUGCGACAGAACUGGGCAUACAUCAUGCAUUGCAACUCGAUGGAAUUAAUCGGGCAGUUCCAACCCGAAAAAAAAAAGUCAGGUGUGGUGCAGCAAAUACCAUCCGAAUAUUCACGCUUGUCCCUCCCUGGUUUCUUUGGCUUGCUUGGUACCGAAAGGGGCUUGUAGGGAGGCUAUGGGGUCAGCACUGAGCAGUGACCUGGACUUUCACAUGUAAAAUAAAUAGCGGGUACUUUGCAAAUCAACUGCAACAUUAGUGGUUCGUACAAUGGAACUCUGAAAAGC